GUCUGUAUAAAGAAAGUUGACACAAUAAUUUUGUUUGCCGGUUGAAGUUCACCAGGAAAUAAGGAUGUCCACCAGGGUAGAUUAACCACAAGGGGGCAACACAAAAAACUCGUUUUUUGCCUCCUGUUGCCAUUUUACCUUUAAAGACAGUAACAUAAAAACUACAUGGGAAGUUUUUAUUGUAAAAGGAGCCAUUGCAGACAAGUAAUGAUGAAAGUACUGAAGAAGUAGAAUGCACACGGGAGCUACUGCAAUAGGCCGCCAUGUAUGCAUGAGGCCGUUACUGAUCUUGAAUCAUGAGGAGUCCAACAUCUUUUAAAUGACAUCACUACAGGUUACCACUUGAUUCCUCUGUUUAAUCUUUUGGUUGGUACACCUAUCAGGCGUUUGCUUUUUAGGUGCCAGGGUGGUCUAUGGGACAUCCCUGUCCUGUGUUCUGCUGUGUGUUUUGUGGACUUUUUAAAAGGUCAAUCAACUACUCUAGGAGCAGCUCGCUUGUUUUGUGGAUUUCAUUAUCAUAUACACCUUAAAUGAUAUCAACACAUCCUGUAAAAUUGUGUCAUAUGUAUGUACAGUGAGUGUGCUCUGUGUGUUUGUGUUUAUCUCGACAUAGGCUGCUUUAACAUGACAAGUAUUUGUUAUCAUGCAGGGCCUGAUCUCUUCUUGACGAAUCCAAAUAAGAGCAAAGUUAAAAAUUAAUUAAUUUUAUUUACAAAAAGAAAACUGAUGAUCACUGAUGAAGUGCCCUGGCUUUGCAUCAGAAGAUGUUUCAUAACAUUGUUUGACUGGAGAAACCUGUGACUGCCAGGAAUGGGCUGGUUGACAACCAGGAAGACUUUAGUGACAACUGGAGAGACCGCUAACUGGGGUGGCAUGGGUGAGCAUCCCUACCCCGCACCGCCUGUAAAGGAGAACCCAAACAAGCUACAGAAAAAGCAAAGGAGGACCCCGGGAGUAUGAGCACCCCAGCUGGACAGAUGUAAGGUUAACAAACAACAGCAAUGGACAUGACAUCUGAAAAGAGAAGGAUCAAGUGGCCUCAAGCCUCUAAAACAUCAGAGUAGCAGACGUUUGAUGAGGAUGUGGUGCUGGAAGCAACAGCCAAAGGGGAUGUGGAGAAGAGGCUGUAGACCAUGACAACCAUCAUAGUGUGCAUGGCAGUCGAGAGGUUCGGUGUUGAAGAAGAAAGGGGAGCCUAUUGAGUUGCUGCCCAAAAGCUCUAGGGGAAGGCGGAUACCGCUGGCGCCAUGACCAGGUGCUCAAAACCAUCGCAGAGAGCAUCUGUAGCGAUAUCACUAACUGUUGAAGGUCCAAACUCAUGAAGCAAUCCAUUAGCUUCAUCAAUGCUGGAGAGGAGCCAAAAAGAACACCUUAAGGAACAUCAGGACUUCUCAACACUGCACAGCACUUGCAACUGACGGUGGACCGAGGCAGGCAACUCAAGUUUCCACAGCAUGUUGUCAAGGCCACCCUCAGACCUGACAUCAUCCUGGUGUUGGAGGCAACAAAGAAUGUUAGAGGUCACUGUGCCAUGGGAAGAGCAGAUGGAGGAGGUCUUUGAGCGGAAGAGGGAGACAUAUCAGACAACGCUGGAAGGCAAUGUGCUUGCCUGUGGAGGAAGGGUGCAGAGGCUUUGCAUCUGAAGAUCUUUCGUGAAAACACACACUCAUCUCAACACACGCUUCCUCCUUGCGACUUCCAUCGAGUGAUGUUUUCCCUUAUUAGAAAACAUCCUCAGGUGCAAAAAAACGGGGAGGUGCCAAAACAAGGAGGAGACUGAGUUCACACAAACACAGACGUGCAUUCCAACUCAAUAGACCACACCAUGCCUUAGUGAAGGUGUAUAUAAUGUCUUGCAGUCUGAUAGUUUGUGAUGUGCUGGCUGAGGUUGUCAUUAGAUUCCUGAGUCUGCCUGUGUGCAUUGUUCCCAAGUGUAGAACAGUGGCAAGUACUGAACCAACUAUUGUGGAAAUAUUUUGGGCCAGUGACACUAGGACGAGCAGCAAAAAGUAAAGUUCAGCAACAUGUCUCUCCCGAUGAAUUCUUCACCCAAGAGAAAUGACAGACCCAUCAUUGGUAUCUUGGCUCAAGAAGCUACUCAUCCUAAACCAAACCAGACAUCUCACAUGUUUGCAAAUCAUGUGAAAUUCCUGGAGUCCGGAGGGGCAAGGGUUGUCCCUAUCAAGAUACACCAGACUGUGGAGGAGUACACGAGACUGUUCAACUCCAUUAAUGGGGUCUAUUUCCCAGGUGGACGUGUAAGCCGCACCACAUCUGCUUAUGCAAGGUCUGCAAAGAUCUUUUAUGACCUUGCUAUUGAGGCAAACCAAAGAGGCGACUACUUUCCUGUGUGGGGCACCUGUCUAGGAUUUCAAAGCAUGACUAUGUUGACAUGCGGAGAAGAAUUAUUGACAGAGACCAGGACAAAUAAUGCAUUAAUGCCUCUGACCUUCACUGAGGAUGCCAAAGACAGCCGGUUGUACAGUGGCUUCCCAGAUGAAAUCAUCAAAGAUCUGACUAAUGAGCCGCUGUCACAACACGCGCACAAGUGGAGUCUGGCAUUAUCUACUUACAACUCAAAUGAGAAACUGAAGAAGUUCUACAAAGUUCUUAACACGAAUACAGAUGGAGAAGUUGAGUUUGCGUCAACACUGGAAGCGUAUGAUUACCCAAUUUAUGUGGUUCAGUGGCACCCAGAAAAAAAUGCAUUUGAAUGGUCAAAUCCUGUUAUUGCACACUGUCCCUCAGCAGUCAAGACCUCAUUCCUCAUGGCAGAGUUCUUUGUUGGUGAAGCCAGGAAGAACUUCCACAGAUUUGAAUCAGAGGAGGAGGAAAGGAAAGCGCUGAUAUACAACUACUCCACUGUUUACACUGGGCCUGUGUGUGGCUUUGAGCAAACUUAUUUUUUCUGCUGAUAUGCUGAAACAUUACAAUGUUAAUAUUACAGCAAAACAAUUAGUUAGAUGUUCAGCUGCCCUAAAGUGGCCAGCAAAUAAUCUACAAUAAAAAAGAUGAUUCAAAAUCAUUUGAGUU